AUGAUAAAGAAGUCAUCCACCUAUUCAAGGCUUGGAUGUGAAGAGUGUAAAAAAGCUCAUGUAAAAUGUGACGAAAAUAGACCUCGCUGUGGUAGGUGCCAAAAAACAUAUAAGGCUUGUAUCUACAGUAGUAAUUUUGUAGUCAAAAUGUUUAAUGGAUCAUUUAAUGUUGAUAUGGGGAGGAUUUCCUCAUCUUCAAACAACUUUUCAUUACAGAACAAUAAAGAUGAUAAUGAUAAGAAUAAUAAUAAUAGUAAUAAUGGAAUUAGCAUGAAAGCUUUUGCAACUUCAAAGUUCCAAGCCAAUUUAAACAAUAAAAUUAAAGUUCCAAAUGUAAGAAAUAAAAAUUUGAAGACAAAAACUAUGUCCACUGUAACUCCAAGAGAAAAAUCACAAAUUAAAUCACAUGGCAAACUUCAAUUUUCUUUUAAACCUGGAAUACGACCAAAAAUAGACGCCCAUAAAAAAUAUUUGAGGAAAUUUAAUCUAAAUGUAAAUGAAAAUAUUCCAAAAAGUCUACACCAUUCACCGAAACUAAAAGCAAGUCCACAUAAUAAUUCUAAUUAUGGAAGUACUGUAAAAAGAAUAAUUAGUGUCUAUGGUGCUUCACAAACUUUAUGUACCCAAGAAAAUUCAUCUGUAACCACGUAUAUUAGUAGUGACUCAUUCGAUGAAAAAAUUGAAAAAAAAUUCAUGAAAUAUUCCUCUUCAAGUAUGGGCAUAUCAAGCAUAAAUAGUAAUUUAAAGUCAUUAAAAUCAGAUAUAUUGGAUCCGAUAGAGACUCCUACUCUGACGGACAAUAAUCAAACCAGUGACGUAAAUAAGAUUGAUAGAAAUAUUUUUUUUAGAGAAAAUGACGUAAAAUUAAUGAAAUUAUUAAAUUAUGAAGCCGAUUUUAUACCAAAUGAUCCAGAUAUUAUUGAUGAAGAAAUAAUUAGAAAAACAUUUAAUCUUAUUAAGUCGCAUGGACUAGAAGGUUUGAUUAAAAAUGAUCCUUUGCCAUCCAUUUUUUUGAAUACAAAAGAAGAUAAUAGUACUGUGGUACAAUUAACAAAACAAAAUAGCCUGGAAAUUGUCAAAUUUUGCUGGGAAGUAAUGAUUGCUGAAUUAACUACUGGUCUAUUGCAAUUACUACCGUUUGAAUAUUUUAAACAAGUAAUUCUUAAUAUGAAGCAAAUUACUGUUGAAUUCCCAGAGUUUAAUGAAGCUAUCAUAUAUCUCGCAUCGCAUACCCUUAAAACAUAUUAUAAUAUUCAAAAAAAAUUUUCAUUGGCAGAUUUAUGGGAUAGAUAUUAUCGUAUCCCCAGUCUUCAAAAAAGUCUACAAACAGUUCAUUCAUUAAUUGAUAAUUAUCAGCUCGGUAAUAACUCAUUUUAUCUUCUUGUCUAUGCAAGAAUUUCAUUGGAUACCUAUAGCUGGAAAAAAAGUCAAGGCUGGGAACAAUUAACACAACAAAUCAUUGCUUGUCUAAAGCAAUUCCUCGAUCAGCAUUUAAAAGGUAAUUUUAAAUUUGAAGAGUCGAAACCUGAAUUUAAUUCUAUUUUAUCCAUACAUUUUUGCUGGAUUAUGUAUAUGCAACAAUGUGCAUAUUUUUUAAGCAGUGAGGUUUCUAUCUUUGGUUCGGUAGAAGAUAUUGACUAUUUUAUCAAAUAUACAACAUCUACGCAUCUCAACAAAGGAAUCCUUAUGGGUAAUAACUUUAAUUUAAUUUCAGGGAAUACGCUUGACAUUAAUUCACUAUUUGGAAAGCUAUGGAAAGCUAGUCUACAAUUGAAAAAUGAAGGAAUAAUUUUAACUGGCAUUCACAUUAUUAAAUUGAAGUUAACCAAUAAGGAUGAGCGCAUUAGAUCACGUCUUCAUAGGUUAGGGGCGGAAUUAAAGGAUGAUUUAGCGUUAAUUGUUAAAAACACUGAUAUGUAUCCUUUGCUUCAGAGUGAUAAGUACAAUGGACUUGAAAAUUCACUAGAAAACAGUCAAAAAAUAGCAGAAUUUGCGAUGUCUCUGUAUAUAGAUUAUUAUUUGAUUGGUAAUUAUAGUAAUCAUCACGAAUUAUCAGUGGCAUUAAAAAAAUUGUUAGAAUUUUGGUACUCCAUACCUAGUAACCAUACAAGUUCCAUUUCUUAUUGGACAAUAUAUAUCGGAGCAAAUAUUAGUUUAACGGCAGGCGAGUAUAAACUAUUUAACAAAUAUAUCAGUUUAUUGGAAUCACAACUAACUGCUUCAAAAUUAUACAUAAUUUCCCAAAGCAUUACCCAACUAAAAAGGUUUCAAGAAUGUGUAGAAAAUAAAGAUUUUGAUGGAUUAAUAAAGCCAGUACAUAAAGUAAGUACUUCAUCUUAG